GAAUUGAUCCCACUCAUACUGUGCACAGCCUGCCUCCAUCCUGAACCUAAAGAGAGAGAUCAGCUUCUACACAUACUGUUCAAUUUGAUCAAACGACCAGAUGAUGAGCAAAGACAGAUGAUACUGACUGGGUGUGUGGCGUUUGCCCGACACGUUGGACCAACACGUGUAGAAGCUGAGCUUUUACCACAGUGUUGGGAACAGAUCAACCACAAAUACCCAGAGAGACGGCUACUGGUAGCAGAAUCCUGUGGAGCUCUAGCACCUUACCUUCCAAAAGAAAUUCGUAGUUCAUUAGUACUUUCCAUGCUGCAGCAAAUGCUAAUGGAAGAUAAGGCAGAUCUGGUACGAGAAGCUGUGAUCAAAAGCCUUGGCAUCAUUAUGGGAUAUAUUGAUGAUCCAGACAAAUAUCAACAGGGCUUUGAACUGCUGCUUUCAGCUUUAGGAGACCCUUCAGAACGUGUAGUUAGUGCAACACAUCAGGUAUUUUUACCUGCUUAUGCUGCCUGGACAACAGAACUGGGAAAUUUACAGUUCCAUCUUAUACCUACACUGCUUAAUAAAAUUGAAAAAUUGCUCAGGGAAGGAGAACAUGGCUUGGAUGAACAUAAGCUCCACAUGUAUCUGUCUGCUCUGCAGUCUCUGAUUCCUUCACUCUUUGCACUGGUGCUACAGAAUGCACCUUUCACAAGCAAGGCUAAACUUCAGGGAGAAGUACCACAAAUAGAAGUCACUAGAUUUCCCCGACCUGUAUCGCCUCUUCAGGAUGUGGCCAUCAUCAUUGGAAGCCGUGAACAAUUAGCAGUGCUGUUGCAACUGUAUGAUUACCAACUAGAACACGAGGGUACCACAGGCUGGGAGACGUUGCUAUGGGUAGUCAAUCAACUGUUACCACAGCUUAUAGAAAUAGUUGGCAAGAUCAAUGUAGCAUCAACUGCCUGUGUCCAUGAGUUCUCUAGAUUUUUCUGGAGACUUUGUAGGACAUUUGGGAAAAUUUUUACAAACACAAAGGUAAAACCACAGUUCCAGGAAAUCUUAAGACUGUCUGAGGAAAACAUAGAUUCCACAGCCGGGAAUGGAGUGCUAACAAAAGCCACAGUUCCCAUCUAUGCAACAGGGGUCCUUACGUGUUAUAUUCAGGAAGAAGACCGCAAGCUCUUAGUCGGAUUCUUAGAAGAUGUAAUGACCAUGCUUUCACUAUCCCACGCUCCUCUUGACAGCCUGAAAGCUUCCUUUGUGGAACUGGGUGCAAACCCAGCUUAUCAUGAGCUGCUCUUAACUGUCUUAUGGUAUGGAGUUGUCCAUACUUCUGCUCUUGUUCGAUGUACAGCUGCUAGAAUGUUUGAGCUGUUGGUGAAGGGGGUACAUGAAACUCUGGUAGCUCAGAGAGUUGUUCCUGCUCUCAUUACUCUCUCCAGUGACCCUGAAAUCUCAGUAAGGAUUGCAACAAUUCCUGCUUUUGGGACCAUCAUGGAAACUGUUACUCAGAGAGAGCUUCUGGAAAGAGUAAAAAUGCAGCUGGCAUCUUUCCUGGAGGACCCUCAAUAUCAAGACCAGCAUUCUCUACAUACAGAAAUCAUAAAAACAUUUGGAAGAGUUGGACCUAAUGCUGAGCCCAGAUUUAGAGAUGAAUUUGUUAUUCCACACUUGCAUAAGUUAGCCUUGGUCAACAACCAGCAGUCCGUGGAUUCGAAGAGACUGGAUAUCGCUACCCACCUGUUUGAAGCCUACAGUGCUCUUUCCUGUUGUUUUAUUUCAGAGGAUUUAAUGGUCAAUCACUUUUUACCAGGACUUAAGUGUUUACGAACUGACAUGGAACAUCUCUCGCCAGAGCAUGAGGUUAUUUUAAGCUCCAUGAUAAAAGAGUGUGAACAGAAAGUGGAAAACAAGACCGUCCAAGAACCGCAGGG